CGCCUCUCUCUGUAUUCCAGACAUAAACGAGUGCCUGAUGCUGGGCGUUUGCCAGAAUGCGGAGUGCCUCAACACACAGGGCAGUUUCCGCUGCUCCUGUAAGUCGGGCUACACGAUGGGACCGUCGCUGACACAUUGCGUGGUGGAGCAGUCCGGUGAGAAGGGACCAUGCUACCUGCUAGUGGACAUGGCCAAGCGAUGUACCUACCCUCUGGGUGGGGAACUGACCAAACAGAUCUGCUGCUGCUCCGUGGGCAAGGCCUGGGGCUCCAGCUGUGACCCCUGCCCCAUCUCUGGUACCGAGUUCCACGAGACGUGCCCGGCUGGGAUGGGCUACCAUUUCUCCAGCUCCCACCAGAAGAUCAGCAUCCCGCCCGGGAGCAGCAUCACCGUGCGGAUCGACGCCGACGGCAAGGCACGGAUCGUCCAGGUGCCCGUCUUCGUGCCAACCGCCCCCCCCAACGAGGCCGCCCACAGGGACAUCGCUGAAGCUACCACCAUCGCCCUGCUCCCGACGUUCAGCCUCACGGAAAAGGUGUUCUCCGCAAGCUUCAUCCCGUUCGGAUCCAGAUUCCCAGUAGAAUUGGAACCACGGCCAACUAGCCCAGCGGUCAAAGUCCUUCCUCCCGACCAGUCCAUGGAGUUUGGGCCAUCGCAGGUUGUAGAGAUGGACACGUGCAAAGUGAAUCGAGGAAUCUGUGGGCGCGGCGUGUGCGUCCACGAUCCCACGGGCUCAGGCUACUCGUGUGCCUGCCACGCCGGGUACCAGCAGCAUCCCCACUUCAAGCAGUGCGUGGACGUGGACGAGUGUGAGAAUAAUCCGUGCGGAGUCAGGAGGGGCAAGUGUGUCAAUUCCAUCGGCACCUACAGUUGCAUCUGCUACAGUGGCUUCCACUUGCAAGAACUUCCGGAAGGCAGCACCUGUGUCGACAUUAACGAGUGUGGCGAGGGCAUGCGUUGCGCCAAUGGGGGGUGCGCCAACACCGAGGGAUCCUUCUACUGCCACUGCCACACCGGCUACAGGCUGCUUGCACACCAGAACUCCUGCGAAGAUAUCAACGAGUGCCUCAACCCCGGCACCUGCCCGAGGGGGAAAUGCAAGAACAGGCCGGGCACGCACGAGUGCGUCCCCUGCCCAGAGGGAUACCGGAGCCAGGCCGGGGAGUGCUUUGAUAUCGAUGAAUGUUUGGACAGAUCUUUCUGCCUAAACGGCAAGUGCCACAACACGAAGGGCUCCUACACCUGUACCUGCAACGAGGGAUUUAAGGCCCUGCCAGACAAGAAGAGUUGCCAAGACAUCAACGAGUGCAACGAGGGGCGUUUCUGCGCCCACGGCCGCUGCCUGAACACCGAGGGCUCGUUCCAGUGCCGCUGCUACUCCGGCUACCGGCCCAACAGCCGGCAGACCUCGUGCGAAGACAUCAACGAGUGCCUGGAGCUGGCUCACGCUUGCAUGAACGGGGAGUGUGUCAACACACCAGGGUCCUACACCUGCCAGUGUCACCCUGGAUACCGAUUCAUGGACGGCCCAAAGUGUAAAGACAUCAACGAGUGCGCCCUGAAUCGCUCGCUGUGCGGCCCCUACGGUAUCUGCAAGAACCUGGACGGCUCCUACACCUGCGUCUGUGACACCGGCUUCACCCUGUCCCCGGAUGGCUCCACGUGUGAAGAACCGGAGAGGCCCGAGGGGAAGAAGGAGUGUUACCUCAGCCUGGACGACCCGAUAUUCUGCGACAGUGUCCUGGCGGCCAACAUCACCAAGGAGGAGUGCUGCUGCUCGCUGGGUGCGGGCUGGGGCGACCUCUGCGAGAUCUACCCUUGCCCCGUCCACAGCACGGCCGAGUUUCACUCCCUGUGUCCGGACGGGACGGGAUACCUCGUGAACAACGACAACCUAUUCAGCAUGGGAUUGCCUGCGUACAGAGACAUCGACGAGUGCACGCUAUUCGGCCAGGAGAUCUGCAAGGAGGGGGUGUGCAUGAACACGCAGCCCGGCUUCGAGUGCUACUGCAAGCAAGGCUACUACUACGAUGGCUCGCUCCUCCAGUGUCUGGAUGUGGACGAGUGCCAGGACACACAGAGUUGCCCCAACGCCCGCUGUAUCAACACCAAGGGGUCCUACACCUGCGCCUGCCUGCUGCCGAUGUCCUUCGACACGGUGAAGAGACGCUGCGUGCAGCCCACGGUCCUCAGCGAACGGCCGGAGAUUGACCGGGACCUCUGCUGGCACCAGGUGGACAACGACUUCACGUGCAGCCACCCCAUGGGCUACCAAACCACCUUCUCGGAAUGCUGCUGCCAACACGGCCAGGCCUGGGGGCUGGAAUGCCACAUCUGCCCCACCCGGAUGACAGCCAACUUCCCCCACUUGUGUAACAGCACUCGGUGGGUGCCAAGCCACCGUCCGGGCAGAGGGAUGGAUCGCAACCGGAGGGAACAGAUGGACACAUCGCAGAGCAGCGAUGAUAACAGCUCCUCCUCCGACUCCGAUGAGUGUUCCUGCUGGCACGGCCGUUGUGUGCGAGGACGUAGGUGUGACUGCUUCAAGGGCUUCCAGCUGGACAGCAGCGGGAAGUGUCGAGACAUCAACGAAUGCCGCGAGCGACAUCACAAGGGAUCCCUCUGCAAGAACGCGGUGUGCGUGAAUACCAUGGGCUCAUACCGCUGCGUCUGCUACCAAGGCUUUGUGCCAGACCGACGGCAGGGAAGGUGCAUACGCCGGAAGAUGAGCUAAGACCACAGGCGCAGAGCCCAAGGCAAAGAAAAAAGAACUCUCGCCCAUUCCUUUCCUGGCCAGCCCGAUGUUCGAAGGGACUGAGCAUCAAACGAUAACAUUGAAAAUAUUUUUUGUAACUUUUGGAAAGACAUUAAUUUAAUACUCUGAAAAUGUGCAGGAGGAGAAAAGAUGCCUUAUUUUACUGCCAAGUACCUUUGGUUGGUGGAACUUAGUUUUCCAAUCUGUUUUUUAAAAUAUUUGUUGGUUGUUUUAAAAAAAAAAAAAUUGCAAGCAAGAUUUACCACGCUCAAUGUGGUGGCUAUUUUGACCACAAUCGUCCAGAAGGCUUAACCAAAGAAGGCGGCAUCAUCUCCAGAAGAUUUGACUGGGGAGUCACAUUGCCAUUUGAACCAAAAGGCGAAUUAAGGACUCUGGCAAUGUCAAUAUGAGGGCAAGAGAGGAGGCUAUCGGCUGCCUUAAUGAGUGUACUGUUGGUUUGGUGGAGACAGGGUGGCAACAGCAUUGGAGCCACAACUACGGACUGGACUGUGAUGUAGAUAUUAAUAAAGGAAAUGAACCUACCA